AACCAACCAUCUCAACACUGUAUAGCACCUUCGCAAUGCUGCACCGCGCUUUCCAGCUCUAGAUACUGAGGGUCCGAUAACACCAUCCUGAUCACCAUCACAAUCGCUACUGGGCAGCGGGACGUCGUAUACGCCUCUAGCUCCAGGCAUACAUCUUUCAAAGCAUCUCUGUUGAAGGUGGGGUCAUUCGACUUCAUUUCAGUCUCUUGUUAGCAGCUCUGUUUGAAGCCCGUGCAUCGCGUUGGCAAGCCUGCCAACAGCAAACGUUGAUUCACAAACCAAGUACGUACAUACGAAGUACGAAGAUCCUAGGGCGCCACCAAUCACCGCAAGAAGCAGCCGCAACACAGAGUCUCAAGUUAAGCUCUAUAGUACGGAUUGAACAUUCGGUCACCAGGAGACCGAGCCGACACCUACGUCCCUGAGUGUCUUAUUCGAGCCUUAUCUGCAUAUUACCAGGCGACGACGACACCCAAUUCCAACAAUGACUGAUUCGGCAAGCCCGACGCUGCCGGGUUCUAGCAGCACAUUUGAUACUGCGAACGAAAGAAAGACUCAAAAUGCGCAGCAACGUCCCCGUCGGCGCAAUCGUAUCAUCAGCUCCUGCCUGGAAUGCCGCCGCCGAAAACUCAAGUGCGACAAGGGGCAACCUUGCGCUAAUUGCGUCAAGGUCUCGCGUCAAUGUCUCUUUAUAUCUCCAAGCUUUGAUGCUGCAGCGCAAGCCAGGCUAGCUGAAGUAAAGGAGAAGAUGGGAAUACUCGAAAGGAGUCUCGAAGAAGAUGCUGCAAAACGAAAUCGACUUCAGACAACGUCAUUGGCAACUGCCAGUGAACCCGACCUCGGUUCAAGGUUAGAAGAGACCUAUAGCGGAGAUGAGGAAGGAGACGGUACCAAGUAUUUGAUAUCAUCAGAAUUCACACGAGAAGAUGCCGCAUAUUAUGAAGAUGAGGAGGACGAUGACAACAUCGUAGAUCUUGGUAUAGCGCUGGGCAAAGUCAGAAUCACUGAAAGAAUUGGUGGUCUCGUGCGACCGAGGUUUUCCGAUGAACUUGGACAAGCACUGAAGGUGCUACCCAAGACAGAACAGGAAUCAAACACGUUCGAUACCGGUGCAGUAGACUGGAUGAUGCCAUCCAAUGACUAUGUUGCGCCCUCAUCGAGUUUCUUCUUUACUCCAGGGGCUGAACGAACAACACUGAUGAACUAUCUGCCUGCUAAGGUCCUGGUCGACAAACUGAUGGCACAUUAUUGGCAAGCUGUGCAUACAGUUGCGAGAACCGUGCAUCGCCCGUCUUUUGAGCGACGUUACGAGAAAUUCUGGGAAUCCGUAUCGUCUGGCAUCGAGCCUCGCACCUCAUUCCAAGCUGUUGUAUUCGCCGCUCUACUAAGCUCCGUUGUCUCCAUGUCUAAUAAUCAAGUAACAUCAGAGUUCGGUGUUGAUAAACAGGGGCUAGUGGAUAAUUUCAGAGAGGCUACAGAAGCUGCUCUUUCUAGAGCUAAUCUGCUUUCGACAACCAAGCUGGAAACUUUACAAGCAUUUGUCAUGUACUUGAUCCCCCUAUGUCGAGCGGAAGUCUCACGUGCCCACUCCGCUCUAACAGGCACCUGUAUCCGACUAGCUGAAUGCAUGGGCCUGCACACAGACCCUUCAGUAUACAGCACAUCUCCCAUUGAGUGCCAAGUUCGUCGCCUUAUAUGGCAUCAGAUAUGCUUCCUCGACCUACGCACGUGCGAGGCGACAGGACCACGGCCUCAGAUCCGGCCAGACGAUUUCGACACGCGUCUCCCUCUCAACAUUGACGACGUCGAUCUUGAUCGAGCUGAGCACGGUGACAGAAGUAUAGACAGCAAAAAUGACCGAACCUACUUCACUGAUAUGACAAUCACACGCAUGCGUUUCGAAUGCUACGAUAUGCAUCGUUACCUUUGGGUCGAGCGCCCCAAACUGGAAAGAAAAGCAAGAGAAGGAGAGAAGAAGAUUACUCUCAGUUUUCUACUUGCACGCAUUCAUUCGUUCAGAGCUGCAAUGGAAAAAACAUACCUGCCCAUGCUUAGCAAGAGAACACCUCUACAUGCUCUCGCUUCGGAAUUUUAUGGCAUUCUGUCCAACAGACUUUACAUCCACAUCCUUCAGAAAUACAUGACCACAGACAAGCUCAGAAUGCCUAGCCGCCUGCGUCAAAUGGUCCUCGGUGCCGGUAUUAUGAUCCUUGAGCACAGUCAAAAUAUUGAACAGCAACCGGUACUGUCUACUUGGUCAUGGUACGUCGGAGCGCUUCAUCAGUAUCACUCUGCGUUACUGAUAAUAAAUGAAAUGUACACGCAACCCUGUGCACCAGAACUAGAGCAGCGGGCAUGGCGUGCCCUAGACUUUGUUUUCGACUUGGGACCAGACAUGACGAAUACACAGAAGACCAGAGUGGUUGUUGAAGAGCUCAUGAACAAAAUGCGCGUAUACGCCAGCCUCAAACGGUGGAGAGCACCCGUGGACAUGCCACAAGCAAGCGUGCAACCUCACAUACCUAGCUCUCAGGUCAAAACGCCAGUGGCGGAGGAAAGAGAACAGCAAAAUAACCCCCAGUCCGCAACAGAAGGUGUUACCCAGGCUUCUUUCAGCAACACAAGUCUGCCAGACGCACAAAUAUCGUCACCACCUCAGCAACCAUUCCGACCUCCACCAUCACCCCAGUCCCAGAGUCGAAGUUCAGGCUCUGGUAUCAUACCUUUUCCAGGAGCCAUGCCAAAUGUUGACUGGGGUACCUUUGAAGAUCCGCCGACGGCGGCAAUACCGACUCCUCAGCAACCUUUGGCAGGGUUUGACAUGCAUCAAGUACCCAACUACUCAUCAUCCACACCCUCUAGCAGCUUUGGAAUAUCUCCUCAGAUGAUGUCGCCAGGCGCCGAUCCUACUACCAUGAACAGCCAAAAUCCGACUCUUGGCUUUGGUGUACCCAACACCUCCACAAGCAGUAGCCCGUUGGAUUUGUUGAAAGAUAUUGACUGGAACGAGAUCGAUCAGCUUUUUGGCGCCGCUGAUACGGAGACUGGCAAUGUUAUGAUACCACCUUUCACCUUUCCCCAGUUUACGGCAACGGAUCUUAGCAAUUUACAGUGGCCGCAGGAAGGGUAUCAGUGAUACAUGCAGGGCUGUUGUUGGGGUUUGACAUAAGUAGCAUCGAAAUGUAUAGCAAACACCCCUCUACAACAUACCAUCGGAGCUGUCAACACACAGAAAGUUUGAUGGC